UCCAGGCUGGUGGGCGGAUCGUUGGGGUCAACAACCUGCAGAGGUCAAAGGUCGGAGACGGAGAACACAGCCGUGUUUGCAGACCCUGAACGGCCAAUCAGAGGACAGAAGAGCAGCCAUGUCCACCACCACGUCUCCGUCCUCGUCUCCCCUCUGAACGGCCAAUCAGAGGACAGAAGAGCAGCCAUGUCCACCGCCACGUCUCCGUCCUCGUCUUCCCUCUGUUCUGGAGGAAUCUGCUGGGUCACCAUGCACACCAAGGGCAGCCCGUGCUGCUGCUCCUUUGACGACUACAAACUCACCACCGAGUGGCUACUGAACCAGACGGCCCACCGGCCCAAAGUGGCCGUCAUCUGUGGCUCGGGCCUGGGCCUGCUGGCCGACCGGGCCACCAACAAGCAGACCUUCAGGUACCAGGACAUCCCCAACUUCCCCAUCAGCACCGUCCCGGGCCACGAGGGCUGCCUGGUGUUCGGGCUGUUCGGGGAAACGCCCUGCGUCUUCAUGAAGGGACAUUUCCACCUGUACGAGGGCUACUCUCUCUGCCAGGUGACGUUCCCGGUCCGGAUCUUCAAGCUCAUGGGGGUGGAGUCGGUCCUGGUUAUCAACGCCUGCGGCGGACUCUGCUCCGACUUCCAGGUCGGAGACAUCAUGAUCAUCAAGGACCACAUCAACCUGCCGGGGUUCGCCGGACAACACCCGCUCUGUGGACCCAACGAUGAGAGGUUCGGGAUCCGGUUCCCCUGCAUGUCCGACGCCUACUCCAAGGACCUGCGGGCCCUGGUGGGGCAGGUGGGCCAGGAGCUGGGGGUCCGAGACCUGAUCAGGGAGGGCGUCUACUGCAUGGUCUCUGGACCAAACUUUGAGACUGUCGCCGAGGCCCGGAUGCUGAUGGUGCUGGGCUGCGACUCCGUAGGUAUGAGCAUGGUUCCUGAGGUCACUGUGGCCAAACACUGCGGACUCCGAGUUCUGGGUCUGUCCCUCGUCACCAACAAGGUGUCUCUGGACUACAGCCGGGAGGAGAAGCCCAACCACGACGAGGUCCUGGAGAUCUGUGAGAUGAGAGCCGAAGUUCUGCAGAAGCUCAUCACCCGACUGAUCAGCCGCUGCCAGCAGCAGAACAUCAACACGCACUAAAGCGCAGUGGUCCGAGCCCGGGGCCCUGUGGAACACCACGACUGAAGUUCUGGUGUCCAAUAGAACAUCAACACCCACUAAAACCAGUGGUCUGAACCCGGGGCCCUGUGGAACACCACGACUCUUCUAAUCUGUCCUGGAACACCACGACUCUGCUGUCUCCUAAAUCUGUCCUGAAGUUCUGCUGUCCAGUUAACCCGGUUACGAUCUGCUUCCUAGAGGGUCAUGUGACCACUGCACAUGAAGUGAAACGUUUUGACAAACUCAAUAAAACCAUUCUAAAUUC